UCCGAUUCUAUUUAUUUUUACACAAUUUUUUCGCAAAAAUAACUACAGGUGCAUUUAUUUUUAUUUGUUUGUAAGAAGGAGACAAUGGACGCGAGUGUGGCCAUCAUUUCAAAUAAAAAAAAAUUACAAUUUAAAAAUUAAUUCGACAACAAUUACCUAAUAAUUUAUGUAUAUGUAUUAUAGUUAUCAGCUAAAUCUUCUUAAGUAUUCCACGCAAAACCUCAUAACGACCACGAUGAUGGUAAGCGGUUUGUACACGUCCGCGGUUUUGACACUUGUCCUGUUGAUCGCGGCUUGUCGAUGGGUGUUGCCGGUGGAAAACGCCAGAAUAUUGGCCGUACAAACAGUAGGCGCCAAAAGUCACUGGAACUUCAUGAGAGGAGUGCUCCGAUCGUUGACGGAUGCCGGUCACAAUGUUACAGUGUUCACACCGUUUCCGGACGGCGAUAGGGAAAACUACACGGAAGUGGACAUGUCGAAAGAGUUUCCAGUGAAAACAAACCUGAACUUAAAACAGGCGAUGGAGAUAUACGGCCGACCGGUCACCUAUUUCUACAUGUUGACAGCCUCGGACAGCAAGUACUGCGACACGGUCUACAAAAAUAGACAGUUCGACCAGCUCGUACAUGACGGUAACGGUGGUAACUCCGAACGGAAGUUUGACUUGAUCAUUAUGGAAACUCGGAAUCUAGACUGUACGUCGUACUUGGCUAAUGCUUUAAACUUGCCAAUCAUAUUUACGAUGCCGUCACCCAUGAAGACGUUCACCGAACGCUCUCUCACCGGACACGUGUCGAACCCCGCUACCGUAUCGCAUGUUAUGGCACUACAAGCCGUGCCAAAGACGUUCGUCCAAAGGUUCACAAAUGCGGCUUUGUUGGCGUACAGUACUCUGAGGACGACGUAUGACGUUUGGAUUAUGAAAAUAACCAAUCCCAGGCGAUACCAAUCGUCAACAAAAGUCAACCCGUCGAUAAUCUUUCUGAACACUUAUCACAUAACCGAAGCUUCGAGGCCCGUAGUACCUAACGUCAUCGAGAUAGGUGGAAUUCACUUGAAACCUAAAAAUAAAUUACCAGAUGACAUAUUAGAGUUCAUCGAAGGAGCACCAGAAGGUGUGAUUUAUUUUACAUUUGGUUCGACUGUUAAAUUAACGACAUUACCGGCACAUAUCGAAAAAAUAUUUAAACAAGUAUUUUCUAACGUUUCCCAGAGAGUUUUGUGGAAAUACGAAAGCGAAAUGAAGGACAAACCGGAAAACGUGAUGAUAAAAAAAUGGUUCCCUCAACGAGAUAUACUCUUGCACCCGAAAGUCAAAUUGUUUAUUAGCCACGGUGGUUUAUCCGGAGUAUAUGAAGCAAUAGACGGCGGUGUUCCUGUACUCGGAUUUCCUUUGUUCUAUGACCAGUCGAGAAACAUAGACAAUUUAGUUAACUCCCGAAUGGCUAUUGCCUUGGACCUGAUGAGUGUGACUGAGGAAACGUUAUUAAAUGCAAUAUCGAAAAUCAUCGAUAGUCAAAAUUACUCGAUAAAUGCAAAAAUCGCUUCUGAACGAUUCAAAGAUCGACCGAUUACACCACAACAAUCCGUCGUAUAUUGGACUGAGUAUGUCAUUCGUCAUAAAGGAGCUCCUCAUUUAAAAUAUCAAGGUCUAAACCUCACGUGGUAUCAAUAUUUUCUAUUGGACGUGAUUUUUGUAAUAUUAAUUUUUAUUUUACUGGUAUUGUUUAUUACUUAUAAAGUAUUAAAACGUAUUUAUAAAUACGCAUUGAAAAAUAAACAAAGCCAAAAACUUAAGACUAAGUAACUUAUUUAAUUUUAAAAUAUUAUAUUCAAAUUUUUUUGGAAUAUCAUGCUAUUGAAAAAAAAAUCAAAUAGGUAGUUAAAUAAAUAAAUGUAUUUCAACAUA